UUUCUCAAGGACGAAACUGAAGUAUGGUCGCAAAAUGCCUGGGAUCAUGUACCACCACCUGAGGAUCAGGCAGAGUCGAUUGCUGCAUCACUGGCAAGACAACGGCAGGCCCCCGUACCAGAAGCAGAAAAGAUAAAGUACAACCAAAAGCCGGCAAAGCACUGGGACAAUUUCUACAAGACCAACGCAGAUAACUUUUUCAGGAACAGAAAAUGGCUACAUCUCGAGUUUCCUGAAUUGCUAGCUGUUGCAGAGCCCGAGGCAGGCGCGAUCACUUUGUGUGAGAUCGGAUGCGGUGCGGGGAACGCUGCUUUCCCUCUGCUCUCCGCAAACAAAAAUCCAAAUCUCACCAUUCGAGCUUAUGAUUUUUCAUCCCAUGCGGUGAAGGUAGUGCAGAACAACCCCAUGUAUACUUCCCCACCAGUAGGGUCGAUCCAAGCAGCUGUAUGGGACUUGUCGUCCCUAGAAUCGCUUCCCCCAGGCGUAGAAGCAGGGAGUGUAGACAUAGUGAUCUUGGUAUUCGUGCUUAGCGCACUUCACCCGGAUGAAUGGGGUAAAGCAGUGGCCAAUAUACACAAAAUGUUGAAACCGGGGGGAUUAGUUCUGUUUCGGGAUUACGGUCGAUAUGACCUGACCCAGCUACGAUUCAAGUCCGGGCGCCUCCUAGAUGACAAUUUUUACAUUCGAGGGGAUAAGACUCGCGUAUACUUCUUUGAGAUAGACGUCCACCCAAAUUUGCUUCAUCCACUUGCGCAUUGCCCCCCACACCCCCUUUUCGCAAUCGAGCAACUUGGCAUCGAUCGACGGCUUCUCGUGAACCGCAAGCGCCAGCUAAAAAUGUACCGUGUGUGGAUGCAGGGCAAAUUUCGGAAACAGGAAUAG